CCGACAUCGCCAUCCAAAAAUCUCUCCAUCUACGACCGUCUCAAUUCCGGCUUUACAGCCACGAUGACGCGCUUCCGCCCUUGUAUCGACCUCCAUGCGGGCAGCGUGAAGCAGAUUGUGGGCGGGACACUCUCUACGAUCUCCGAUUCCUCUCUCAAAACGAACUUCACCUCCGAGCACCCCUCUGCAUACUACGCCGACCUGUACAAGAAGCAUGGCUUGACAGGCGCACAUGUCAUUAUGCUCGGUCCAGGCAAUGACGAGGCAGCGAAAGAAGCAUUGGCUGCGUGGAAGGGAGGCAUGCAGGUUGGUGGCGGUAUCACAGAGAAGAAUGCGCGUGAAUGGAUUGAGAGGGGCGCUGAGAAAGUAAUCAUCACAUCCUACCUCUUCCCCGACUCCAAAUUCUCCAUGGAGCGAUUAGAAGCCGUCCUCCAAGCCCUCGAAAACGAUAAAGAGAAGCUCGUCAUGGAUCUUUCGUGUCGGAGAAAGGAUGAUAAGUGGUUCGUAGCCACGAACAAGUGGCAGACCAUUACCGAGUUUGAGCUCAAUCAAGAGUCAAUAUCUCUCCUCGAACCGCACUGUUCCGAGUUCCUCAUCCACGCCGCCGACGUGGAAGGCCUACAGCGCGGCAUUGACCAUGAGCUCGUCAGCAAGCUCGCCGAAUGGUGCACUAUUCCGGUCACAUAUGCGGGCGGUGGUCGGUCAAUCGAGGAUCUCGAGCUGGUGAAGAAGCUUAGCCAUGGAAAGGUCGAUCUUACUAUUGGCAGUGCUUUGGAUAUCUUUGGAGGAUCCGGUGUCAAGUUUGCAGAGUGCGUGAAGUGGAACCAAGAGCAGAGGAUGUGAGAAGCGCUGAAUGGGUGUCAGCCUUGAGCACAGAGAGAGGAUAUAUGUGAACGGUUAAAGCAAGAACCCAAAAGCUAAAGGCUUGAGAGUAGCCUCAGUAUAUGCCCUUUCCAUCUCCUCAGGCCUAACGUCAUGAAUUUGUUCGCGAUACGGGCGCCCG